GGGGAAUGUCAAGGCAGAAACACUGAAAACUCUACAAGAUGAGAUUAUCUUCGUUCCUUCUCUGUGCCUCUCAGCCGAUGCUCACUUUUUUCUCACUGGCUCUGCUGGUUCCCAUCCCAGGGGCACACGGGCACCCCCACUUCCCCCUUGCCAUCCUGCCCACAUUGGAGAACCCUGAGUGGGAGGCUGACUUACUCCAGCUCCAAGCCUCCCUCGAUGUCCCAGGGGCUGUAGCUGCAGCGGGCCUCCGCUCUUGGGGGCCGCUGCUGGAGCUGGGACCAGAGGACCCACGUCUGGGCCUGCUCAGGGUGCUGGUAGCAGAGAACGGCUGGGGACAGAAGGGCUUGAUGAGGGGCCAGAGGGGGGAUCUGGAGAGGAGGCCGCUGGGUCCCUUCCCUGGUCACCCUAUGGACACUCUGCACUACCAAGAGGGGGGAGAAGAGGAAGGAGAGGGGGGAGGAAAGAGGAACGAAGCUCUCACAUCCAUCGCCGGCGGGCUUCAGGCUUUCAACAGAGAGAAGGGAGGCUUCGGGUUCCGCUUCGGAAGGAAGUAAAAAAGGAGGGAGGGGUUGGGAAAAAUAAGAGGCACUUGGACUUCUGGAGUGUGGGGAACUUGGAAAAGGGUAAGGUAGAGGGGCUGGAGGAUGAAGAUGAUGGAGGGAUGAGUUGACAGUAGAGAUGUACUGAUUGACACUUAUGUCAGAGCAAUCAAUCAUUACAUUAUGAUGAGAUAUGUAUCAUCAGAGAAAGAAACCGACAAACUGAUAAACAGAAAGUUUACCAAGUGGUCAGAAAAUGUCAAUGUAUCAUAAUUGUUACAUAAUAAAAUGAUUGAGGGUAUGUGAAUGUU